GGCUCGUCGGGCGCGGCGCACUGCGAGGCGGCGCCCAAGGCAGCACUGAACCCACAGCAGUUCGUGGCGUUCAGGGUGCAGCAGGUGCAGGACAUCAGCCACAACACCAAGAUAUUCCGCUUUGCCCUCGACCCCGACACACGCCUCGGCCUCACAGUGGCGUCAUGCCUCGUUACAAGGGCGCCCAUCGGACCACCUGGGGACGACGGGAAGCCCAAAGCAGUCAUUCGACCGUACACGCCCAUCACUCCGCCAGAUGUCACGGGGCACUUCGACCUGCUAGUCAAGGUGUACCCCAACGGCAAGAUGAGUCAGCACAUGUUCUCCCUCAAGCCAGGCGACGUGCUUGAAAUGAAGGGCCCCAUUCCGAAGCUGCCCUACCAGCCCAACAUGAAGCGCAGCAUUGGCAUGGUGGCGGGGGGGACGGGCAUAACGCCCAUGCUGCAGGUCAUCGACGCCAUCCUCUCCAACCCCAAUGACCACACGCAGGUGUCGCUGGUGUUCGCCAACACGUCACCGGCGGACAUCCUUCUCGCCGAUCAGCUGCGCGCCCUCGCUGCCUCGCACCCCAACUUCAAGGUGUACUUCAUGGUGGACCGCGCGGAGGCGGGGGCGGCAUGGAAGGGCGGGGAGGGGUUCAUCACGGCGGACGUGCUGCGCAAGGCGCUGCCACCACCGUCCCCCGACUCCCUCGUGCUCGUGUGUGGGCCGCCCGGCAUGAUGCACCACGUGUCAGGCGACAAGGCACCCGACAAGUCGCAGGGGGAG